CUUUUAGAGCGUGUACUCCGUUUCCCUACGUGCUCCGCGAACGAAGAACAGUCGGGAAGCGACUAGAACCUCGCAGUCCGUUCUGGGAAAUGUAGGAAUGUUGUGCGGAAUUGCGCUUCGCCGUCGCCCCUUCCUCUUCAGUCUUUCCUUCCCUCCCACCCACGAUUCUCUGCGCGGGGGCCGCGCCUGAUUCCCAGGACGGUGAAGGACGACGUUGCGGCAUCCGGAGAGAGCCCCUCGCCGCCGUCCGGAGUGUUCUGGGGAGCGGUUGAGUUCCCCUCCCACCCGCCGCCGGCCGCCAUUUUGUGUUGGCGAGCGCCCAGUUAGAAAAGGAGAAGGAAAGGAGAGGCGGUGGACGGGCGGCGCCCUGUGUGGGUGGGGCGGGCCCGGCGGGCAGUCUCCCCAGCCGGUGGCCUCGACGUCAGGCGCCAGGGGAGCGGAGUGGGUAUCAGCCAGCCAUCCUCCGGUUUGUGCGGGGUUUUUUCCUCGACGCUCUCCCGUCGUCUCGGUUGAGCUGCCUCCCCUUUCCCUUCUCCGGUCCCUCCGCAGCUGCCCUCAGCCGGUGUGCCGCCGUCGCCCAUCAUUUGAAGGAGCCGCAUCAGCGCCGCGGCUUCCCCGGACGAUCGUUCUCCAUCGGGACGGAGAGCUCGCCCCGCACCCAAGUGCCUCCAUCGUGAGAUCGGUUUCGGAGACAUGAAGAUCAAAGAUGCCAAGAAACCCUCUUUUCCAUGGUUUGGUAUGGACAUUGGGGGAACCCUGGUAAAGCUUGCUUAUUUUGAACCUAUUGAUAUUACUGCAGAAGAAGAGCAGGAAGAAGUUGAAAGCCUGAAGAGUAUUCGUAGAUACUUGACCUCAAAUGUAGCAUAUGGGUCCACUGGCAUUCGGGAUGUCCACCUUGAACUCAAAGACUUGACACUCUUCGGACGGAAAGGCAAUUUGCACUUUAUCAGAUUCCCAACCCAUGAUUUGCCUACAUUCAUUCAAAUGGGAAGAAAUAAAAAUUUCUCGACUCUGCAUACAGUGCUAUGUGCCACUGGUGGUGGUGCCUAUAAAUUUGAAGAAGAUUUUCGCACAAUUGGAAAUCUCCAGCUCCACAAACUUGAUGAACUUGACUGUCUUGUUAAAGGCUUGUUGUAUAUAGAUUCUGUCAGUUUUAAUGGCCAGGCAGAGUGCUACUACUUUGAAAAUGCAUCAGAACCUGAAAGGUGCCAAAAGAUGCCUUUUAAUCUGGAUGAUCCAUAUCCUUUGCUGGUUGUAAAUAUUGGUUCAGGAGUCAGUAUUUUAGCUGUCCAUUCCAAAGACAACUAUAAGAGAGUAACUGGAACAAGUCUAGGUGGUGGGACCUUUCUUGGUCUGUGCAGCUUACUGACUGGAUGUGAAAGUUUUGAAGAAGCACUAGAAAUGGCAUCUAAGGGAGAUAGCACCCAUGCUGAUAAACUAGUCCGUGAUAUUUAUGGAGGAGAUUAUGAACGAUUUGGUUUGCCCGGGUGGGCUGUGGCCUCUAGCUUUGGGAAUAUGAUCUACAAGGAAAAACGGGAAUCUGUCAGUAAAGAAGAUCUGGCUAGAGCUACGUUGGUUACGAUCACAAAUAACAUUGGAUCUAUAGCACGAAUGUGUGCAGUAAACGAGAAAAUAAACCGUGUAGUCUUUGUUGGAAACUUUUUGCGUGUGAAUACCUUAUCUAUGAAGCUUCUGGCAUAUGCCCUGGAUUAUUGGUCCAAAGGCCACUUGAAGGCUUUGUUCCUAGAACACGAGGGAUACUUUGGAGCAGUUGGUGCCCUCCUUGGAUUACCAAAUUUCAGCUGAAGCUCAAAGCGUCACAGUACUGAGUUAGUUCCUACCUGUACAUCACUAUUAGUUCGUACCUGUAUGUCACUAUUACAACAUUAUUUUUGUAUCAACUGGAACCAAAGGGGGGAAAGGGCCACAGUCCUGGUAUACAUGUCUUUAAUUGUGAUACUGUGUUGUUGAGACAGUCCUUAAAAUUUAGCUGUUGUGGUGUUGGAUGGCAUCCUGAUAUUAAUUGUUCAGUAUGCAAUACGACCUUUGAAAAAUGAGCCUCAGAGCCAGAAUCAAAAGAUGUUCUGUAAUACCAGUCAGAUCUUUUUGGGGGAAACUCCCCUUAAGGCUAUCUGCAUCUAGUUUUAAGUCCCACUAUGUCAUUGUGCUGAAUGUUCAUUAAGUGUAAUUUUUCCAUUGAUUCAAAAAACUGAUCAUAACAACAUCCGAGUGCCAUCUUCUGGAAAAUAAAGAUCUUAAAUGUAGAGAACUUUCUUUCAGUACAAGAACACAAAAUAUUUCUUAAUUCAGAUUUCCAGUAUUACCAUUUUCAGAGAUAUACCAAUGUCAGUGGAGACUUUGUACAAUUGACUUAAUGUGCAUCAAGUAACAAAAUAUAUAUUUUAACUACUAGACAACUAGUCAGGUUUUGUAAAACUCAACAGUUUCCUUGUUUAUAUAAUGGUUACAUUAUAUUGCCCAUGUGGGAUAUUCUUCUGCAAAGGUUUUUGGUUACAUCUUCAAUGGCUUUGGCAAGAAAAAAUUCAUAAGCUACCCAUCUCCAUAACAGUGUAUCAGCAAAAGUGGCUGGGAGUUGCUCAGUGUUACAGCUAUUGGAUGAAUUGAUUUGGUAGGAUGCUUAUUGUACUGUCUCAAUCUUAUUUAAACACCAUUCGAGUUAAUCAUGUAGAACCUGUGUCUACUCAAAAUGUGAAAUUGGUGUAAGUUUAUGGCCUAAAUACUAUGUUACCUCCAGGGAUUGUACCGCAAAUUCAAAUGGACCAGCGUUCAGUGUAUGUUGAUACUGCAACAUUGUGGCCUUGGAAUAACCUCCACAUACUGGGGCUACUCCUGUAUUUUGACAGUCUGUUUCAGACUUGAUUGUAAAAGUUUACAAUAGUUGUGUUAUAGUCGAUUGCUGCAUCCAACUUUACCGUAAGACCUCAGAAAAAGAUCAUCUCAGAAGUAAAACUUUCUAUGCACAGAGAUGUAUGUAUAAUUGUAUUCUGGAGUAAUAUGCAGUUAUCCAAUCCAUGAAUAGAUUUUUAAACAAAUAGGGAAAUCUACCACUCAGAUCCGAGCUCAAGCUAGUGCUUGGUUUACUUGAUUGAGUUGAUACUAUUUUGGCACACUGAUAUUUUGUACAACAAUAUAUAGAUGUUGCUGGUAUCUCUGAGUUUCCUGGUGUACUUGUUAUUUCUUCAGUCCCAUACUGCUACUUUCCAAUGAUUUAGCUGAGAAUAGAGUUGAUGUUGCUUGCAGUGGCUCCUAAAAGCUGUUUUUUAUCCACAGGAAUCAAAAGAGUGAACUUUGUAGCACAGUGCAAAAGCUUUCUUGUGUUUUAUUGGUCCACGUUGAGAAGGCAGAAGGUGGCCUGGGCAGAGUCCUUAGUGUUAUCAGUUCUUGAGGAUUUUGACCUCAGCUGUUUGUUUUUCCCAAAAAAAAGUAUAAUUGCUUCUUUCAUAUUGUUAAAUGGAUAUAACCUUGCUUGCCUUUAAAACAUGUCUGGGCAUCAUGUCUUAAAAUACAACAAAAAAACUUACACUGUCAGUUACAAGUAAUAAUUAUUGGUACAAAUCCUAGACAAUAGGAGAAAAUCUAAAGGAAGCUCUGCACUAUGUUGGUUGCCAUUAGGAACCAAAAGUAACCACUGUGAUUCUUUGCAGAGUUACUUUUAUUCUUAAAAUUGUCAUUGGUUUUAGAGUGGGGUAACUCUGUGCCAAAUUCCACUAUAAAGGAACAACUGCACAAGUCUUCUGUUUCAAUCUCUAGGCAAUAAUUUUAAAAAUAAAAUAAGUCUGUUAUGGAGAUUAAAUUUGUAUUCCAUGCUACUGCAAUUAUUUAAGUACCAAAAUUUACAAAUUUGAAAUAUGCCCCAUAAAUAAAUAGGCACCUUUCUUGCUACACAGAUUGCCUUUAUAAGAAUAUCUCGUAUUUUGCAUCUUGAUUGGAAGUAACAGGGGUUUCCAGCAUUGAACUUUGUGCUGCACAUCUUCUUAAUCCAGAUGUGGAUCACACCGCCAGAGUUUUUAAAUUAAAUCAAUAAAAAGAACUACUUGGACUUCCUUGUGUCAAUUCAGAACACUUGUUCAUUCUGCAGUUCCAUUAAUAUUUAAGACUGCUGUCAACUUCUGGCAUGGGGCAUAACUGGCAAGAAUUGGGAUUUUUUCUUUUGACUUUUAGGAAAUCUUAAUGUGGUGGCCCUUGUGUCCAGCAGUCAUGAGUUCCUCUCCUGAUUUCAAAUAAUAAUUUUUACUGAUAACAGUGUUUCUGACUUCAGUAGUCUUGAACGUUAUCAGAAGUCCCCUGAUUCUUUGCCUGUGCGGAAUAUUUAGGUAGUCAAGUGCUUAAGCAUUCUCGUUCUUGGCCUUUUUCUGCACUGUCCUCCUACCAGGCAGUUUCUUCUCUGAAAUGUCAGUUAAUUUUCCUGGCUCGUUUUUGGACCUUAUAAAUGCUUUUAGUAUGCAUUCCAGCAAGGUGUGUUGGAGCAAGUACUUCCUCUCAUAACAUUGCUUGGAUUCCCACUCAUUGAAUGAUGGGAUUAAUGGACUAUGCUCUUAUUUUCUUCAGUAACUUUUCCCCACAUUGUAUUGCUACAUGGCUAAUUAAUUCUAAAGGACCAUUCUAUAAAUGUGAAUAAUGCAAUAAUCAGACUACCUUUCUUGUUUGUCAUAGCCCUAUUAACAUGCUAUGCUGUCUUUUGUGCCAUUGAUGCUCCUGCCAUUAUGUAACUCUGCUGAGUCAUGUUUCUGUGUAACUUUAAGUGGCUUAAUAUUUUUCUUUAUAUUAUUGCUUAAAUAUUUAGGACAGGAGCAAACCUUUAUUCCCUUCAUCUCGCUUUUUACAGAUUCUGUAUGCACAUGUAUUUUUCACCAUAUGGGAAAUUCAGGCAGUCCCAUACUGCCAACAUAACUAUUUAGCAAAGUUACAGAGGAUCAAGUAUUUUUACUGACUGCAUAUGUUAAAUCAGCCUAUGGAGAUCACCCUGUGUUGCUUAAAUAUGUCAGGAUAUUUCUCAGAACUGCAUUACACAGUGCAGUUAAAAAACCUAUACUAUGGAAGGAUCUAUCAGGUCAGUUGCAACUCCAUGUCGUUUGUUUCCAUGAUGUGGCAUGGAGGAUUGAAUAUUCUCUUUUCCCUCAUACAUGCAGGCACAUCCUAAUGUAUUUCUUUAAAGCAGUCCUGAAAUCAUACUUAAAAUGCUGUCAGGUACUUGCACUGAGAGCAGAUUUCUGUUUCUAUAACUAACAAACGAACCUUUUAAAUAUUUAUGCCUUGUUGCUUUGUAAAUACUGCAGUGAUCAAUAAACCCUGACUAUCAGUUAGAUAGGCAACUUAAACUUUUGUGAGGCAGUGUUUUUUGUGCAGGUGAAAUGAGAGGAUGUUGCAAGGGUGAAUGGAAUAAUCCCAGAAUACCAUCUUUUUGUGCUUAACCAAAUAUAUUGUGCCAUUUUUAAAGCACCCUUUUUGCUACUAUUCUGAUGUGUUACAAAAGGCCUGUUAUCUUACUGAGGUUUAACUGUAGCACUAGAAUAAUGUUGAGGACCAGAGUCUAUUGACCAAAACAUCUAUGUUGGCAAGCACAGCUAACAUGUCAUUCCUCAUCUUCCAUAUGACUUUGUAGCAUGGUUACAUGUCAAAGAAUGCAGUACUUAUGCCUGAGAUUGGGGACAAAAAUGCCUUAAUUCAGAGGUGAUUUCCACUAUAAAAUUUCUAAUGGAGUAACAUCCCAGAACAUGUUGUAAAGCAACAAAGGUUCCCUAUUCCAAAGACUGUUACAAUAUUAACCUUCAGCCACACUAGAAAGAAAUGGAACUCAGAUGGGAUGCCUUCUUUUAGGUUAGCUCCUGAACACUCAAAACACAGCCAUAUGAUCUGUGCAAGUGAACAGUCAAAAGGAAUUUGUCUCUGUGAUUUGUAAGCAAUCACAUCAAUUAGACAUGAAUUCACAAUGUGAUAAGGUUUCCAAUUAUUUCCAAAUCUGUGUCUAUAACAAAUGCUAUAGCAGUAUAGAAUUCAGUGGUGCAUAUCAUUCAUCAUUAUCACUACAUCUUCUGUAUGUCAGGAAUGAUGGCUGGAAAAUAAAUUUGAAAAUGAGACACUUUGAUUAGUUAAUUUGUCACAGACUGUGGAAGAUAAAAUACUGAGAACAACAAUGGUUUUAUAGAUUUGUGUCACGAGAAGGUUACUUUUGCAGUGUAGUGUAGUAAUUCAUUAUCCUCCUCCCUACAGUGGUUAAAGUAGGCUGACAUGGCAGGACCACUUGCUCUUUGAACUGUGACUGCUUUUGGUCGAAUGUGAAGGAAUAGGCCUUGUCAGCAUGUUGGUGUUAUUGCUUAGUGGACCAGCUAGACUGAGAACGAUUUGCUUUACAAUCAUAGUUUAAAGUUUGAUUGUUCUUAACAGAUAAAACACUUUAUCAGAUUGUAACUGUAUCUCACAUACUUAAACUGUUAUAAUUGGAAAACAGUUUGUCAUGGAAUCAGCUUUCCAAUAAACACACUAGCAAAUCCAUAUGUUAUGGGGCAGAUUACUUUAAUCAGAAUUUUAGAAAACUGUUUUUGGGUUCUGAUCAUAAUAGCUGGGUGGUUUAAUUCAGAUAUAAUUCAGACUACAACCACUACUAUACUUAUUUGCAUUCUGAACACAACUUUACAGAUCCCUAAGGUAGUCUGAUAUGUUGUGUGAGAGUUCUUCUGGAAUGGGAACAAAUAAUAUUUUAUUUCAGCAUUAAGUUAAUGCAGCUUUCUACGGCUUAUUAGCUCAAAGUUCAAUCAUUACAAAGGGAUUUUUUAAAAAUAGGGUUUUGUAGAUGAGAAGCUUCAAUUUAUUGUAUGCUUUGAUAAUCCAUAUUGAUAGAAAAUAGGGGAAGCAUCAUUCACUCCCGCUGUCUUGUUGGCAUUUUAGCUGCAUGUGUUUUUAAAAAAUUUAUACAAGACCAAUAAUUGUAUUUGUGGUACUUCUGGCAAGUUCAGAUUUUGCGAAACUGGUGUAUGUGGAGCUCUCCGUAAUUGGCAGUUCAGAUAUAAGUUGCCUUACUCUGCUGCAGUUCACAUUGUCUCUGUUCUGUAUUCUGACAAUGAAGUUAGUGUAAAAAUAUAUAAUGUGUUGCAAAUUUAAUUCAUAUUUGCUAAAUUAUUUAACAUACCUUGUAAAUUGUUUAAUUUAUUUUCAUCAUUGAUGCUUUCCUGUCACCUUCAUGCAGCCAAAAUGAUGGAAUCCUAUACUGUAAAAUUACCAUCUGAACUGUAUAAAAUGUUCUUGCAUGAAUAAAUGUGAACUUUAAUUUUCUGUACAAGUCUACUUUUUUGUUACUUUACUAGUUUUAUUAUUGUUCUGUAUGAAUGAACAGAACUUAGAUUUUCUAAAUAAUUACCAGUAUUUCCCUAACUUUUUUGUUCCAUGUACCAUCACAGGCUGUCUUAAUAAAGGGGUAAGAAACA